AUGUCUAUGAAAGCCGUUGUUUACGAGAAACCCUUCUCGGUUGUCAUUCAAGACGUGCAAAAGCCGAAGAUCCAGGACCCGAACGAUAUCAUUGUGAAAGUUACCACGACCUGCAUUUGUGGUUCUGAUCUCCAUAUGUACGAAGGCCGUACCGCAGCCUCUCCUGGUAUCGUCUUCGGCCACGAAAACAUGGGUAUCAUCGAGGAAUGCGGCCCCGGUGUCCACUCCCUCAAGAUCGGCGACCGCGUCGUAAUGCCCUUCAACGUCGCCUGUGGUCACUGCCGUAACUGCGAAGAGGGCCGUACCGCAUUCUGCACAGAAGUUAACCCAGGCUUCGCUGGCGGUGCGUAUGGAUAUGUCGCGAUGGGUCCGUAUACGGGUGGACAGGCACAGUAUUUGAGAGUUCCGUUUGCAGAUUUUAAUUGUUUGGUGUUGCCACCUGGGACGGAGAAUGAGGACGAUUUUGCGUUGUUGGCUGACAUCUUCCCGACUGGAUGGCAUGGGGUGGAGCUCUCCGGUUUCAGGCCCGGUGAGAGCAUCGCCGUCUUUGGAGCUGGACCUGUCGGGUUAAUGGCCGCCUACUCCGCCAUCCUCCGCGGUGCCUCCCAGGUCUUCGUUAUCGACCGCGUUCCGGAGCGUCUCGCCAAAGCGAAGGAAAUUGGUUGUAUCCCUAUUGACUUCACCGAGUCCGACGCGGUCGAGCAGAUCUUAAAGAUCAGAAAUGGAAGGCAUGUUGACCGUGCGGUCGAUGCUGUCGGAUACCAGGCGAGUCAAGCGAAGGGGAAAGCGACGGACGAGGAACCGAAUGCUGUGUUGAGCGCUUUGAUUGCGGUCGUCCGCCCAACCGGUGGUCUCGGGAUUCCAGGCCUCUACGUCCCCUCCGACCCCGGAGCUCCCGACUCCAACUCCGCCUCCGGCAACCUCCUCAUCCCCUUCGGCAAGCUCUUCGAAAAAGGUCUCUCCCUCGGCACGGGUCAAUGCAACGUCAAGAAAUACAACCGUUACUUGCGUGAUUUGAUCAUUGAGGGCAAGGCUAAGCCGAGCUUUGUCGUUAGCCACAGUGUCACGGAUAUGAGCGAGGUUCCGGAUGCGUAUAAGAAGUUUGAUCAGAGAGUUGAGGGGUAUACCAAGGUUUUGAUUAGGCCGAAUGGGCCGCUUUCUGGGGCUUCUGCGGCUUAA